CGUGACAGGACGAUUCCGGAAAUACAGACGGCAAAGCGCACGGUAGUGUAACCAACAGAAAAAAAUUGUAGCAAAUUGUGGGAGUGUGAGGUGUGAGGUGCAUUGGCAAGAGCUGAAUUGGGAGCAUUUUAACCCUAUAUAUGUAAUUAAAAAAUGUAAAUAAUAGCAAGUAUUCUAAGUGUAUAAGUGUAAUAAUUGUGAAAAAGUUCAGAAAAAAGUGUUUGAAAGCGAAAAAAUUGCAAUUGAAAAUUUAGAUUGAAAGCGAGUCAAGUCAUGAAAAUUUGCUUAUAGCCAAGUUGCCAUUUUUUGUGUGUGUACCUAGUAUACGACGGAAGGAAAACUUCAGUUCAGCACCAGCGCGUGCAUGUGUGCGUAAGCCAACGCGUAAAGUGUAUUGUGUAUAUGUGUACAACGAAUAUGUAUUAGUGGUAGUACCCUAAGGAUAUAGAAGAAAAAAUUCUCUAUUGUAUGCAAAAGGAAAUCAAAUACAUACAUACAUGCAAACAAUUUCUUUUUGGCGAAAGUUUUUCAAAAUUUUAAAAUUGUGCUUUGUGAAAUACAAAGAUUUUACUAUGAAAAAAUAAUACAAAUAUACAGCAAAUCAGUUUUUGAUACACACGCUCUACUCCCAGUGGAUUAAAACGCAAAAAUCAAUAAUUCGGAUUAGCCGCCUGUGUGAGGAUACAAACUGAAAAGACUCCCUGAAAAUGUAUUAGAACCGAGCAAUUAAACUCAAAACCGUGCUUACUAAAACUAGUCGAAGAGUGCAAUCGACAGUGCAAAAAUUUGUGCAAAAAGCCACUUAAAGUUCGAAACAGCGAAAGAAACACAAAACGCGUGCCACAAUGGCGGCGCGUUGCUCUUCCGAGCUGCAGUUGCAGCGGGGGCAUUCGCAUAACCGAACAACACGCGAUUUCGAUACAAUGCCCCGAAUAAACCCGCGUAUUUCGUCCACUCGCUCGAAAAAUAUCCUGUCGCAUUUCUUCCAUACGCCACCUUCAUUGCCCCGCUUCUACAUGUUGGCCGUCAUUAUCAGCGCGCUGCUCAUGCAUAUUUCCAAUACGCAAGCGCAUAUGACCGCAACUGCCAACGGCGAAGGCAUGUCGCAUGCGGUUGGUAUUUCGGCGGCAAAUGCUGCGCGCAUGUUAGCUGGCAGCGGUGGCACAACCGGCAGUGAGUACUCCCUUGUACUGCCACAUGAUACCUAUCCCGGUUUUAGUAUUAAGCGAUUCAAGACCAUGCCAGUGAACGAUACGACCUCAUCGGUGACAAAAACUUCCUCAUCGGCAUCGACAUCCGUUGGCGCUUAUCACAUGCUUGCCGGUGAUUACUCCAAAUAUUUUACAGUACUCGACGAUGGUGUGGUUAUGACUACAUCCGAUAUAUCCCCACUAGUUAAUCGCCCGGUGAAUCUCGUUGUGGUCGAGGAGACACCUAACGCCACCAAUACACAUAAUUUACAGUUGUUUGUUAUGCAUCGCAGCGAUAUGUUGCGCUUCCGCACUAUGCUGGAUGCAAGUGGGGAGGUGCGUGAGAAUCGCCCCACAGGCACACGUGUACGUGGCAUACCAUUAAUGCAGGCAUUGAGUGGCGAUGCCGCUGUUGAAAAUAAUACCGGUGCGCCCAAGAAGGUGCGUUACACCAUCAUCGACGGCAAUGAUGAUGAGGCGUUUGCACUGCAGACGCGUAAGUCUACGAAAGAAAGCGCUAUGAAUGUAGAAUCCAUCACGGUUGAUAGUGAUGGUGAGGCUGGUGUGUGGUUGGUCACCAAUCGACCAUUGGAUCGUGAAACGAAAGCACACUAUGACUUAUCGGUACAGGCCUCAGACAUAGAUGAACUCGAUAAGAUCAUAUCGAAAAUUCAGGUGACUGUACUGGACGAAAAUGAUAACCACCCUAUAUUCAAAUCCACCGAAUACAAAUUCGCUAUUGCCGGUCAGAAGAGCACCGGCUUAGAGGGCAACACAACAACCACUUGGAAACGCUUCAGCAUACUGGGUAAGGUGGAAGCCACUGACGCGGAUGGCGAUAAGAUCGCUUAUAGACUAAGUGCGCCAAAUAAUAUUGUCAUCAUUGUGCCACAAACUGGCGAAAUUAUGUUGGCUGAUCAGCCUGACGCCUCGGAAUUGCUCAUCGAGGUCGAAGCGCAUGACUUACGCUAUCCCAGUUUAGUGAGCAAGCAACCAGCUAAAGUAUUGCUAGAGUUUUUAGCGCCAGAACCGGUUUCGUUUAUAAUGCAACACUUGGAGCACGAUGCCAUCAAUGAGCAUUCACACCAUCGCGAGAAGCGUCGGGUAACGCGCGCGGUACGCCCGACUAAACGCAUCGAGUUUACCGAAGCCGAUGGCGAUACCGAAGGUAAAUCCGUCUUCCAGUUGGAAAAAGAGACCGAUAAGGAAACUUUUAAAAUACGCGACGACAAUCCGUGGGUGACAGUCGAAACAAAUGGCGCGGUGCGUGUGAAAAAGAAGUGGGACUACGAAGAGCUGGGUCCAGAGAAAACAAUUGAUUUUUGGGUGAUCAUCACGAACACUGGACAACAUGUCUCCGACCUCAAGUACACCGACAAUCAGCGCGUCAUCAUUCACGUGAAAGAUGUCAAUGAUGAACCACCAUACUUUAUUAAUCGUCCGCUGCCCAUGCAAGCCGUCGUACAACUUAAUGCUCCGCCCAAUACACCAGUUUUUACAUUACAAGCUCGUGAUCCGGACACCGAUCAUAACAUACAUUAUUUCAUUGUACGUGAUCGUACCGGGGGACGUUUCGAAGUGGAUGAACGCUCGGGUGUUGUACGCACCCGUGGUACUGAUCUUUUCCAGUUGGAUAUGGAAUAUGUUUUAUAUGUGAAAGCGGAAGAUCAAAAUGGCAAAGUGGAUGAUCGUCGUUUCCAGAGCACACCUGAGGAGCGUCUUUCCAUUGUGGGCGGCAAACGAGCACCACAAUUCUACAUGCCUAGCUAUGAAGCGGAGAUACCGGAAAAUCAGAAAAAGGAUUCUGACAUCAUCUCGGUGAAGGCGAAAUCUUUUGCGGAUCGAGAAAUACGGUACACAUUAAAAGCGCAAGGGCAGGGUGCUGGUACAUUCAACAUUGGUCCGUCCUCGGGUAUUGUUAAGUUGGCGAAGGAAUUGGAUUUCGAGGAUUUACGACAGCCACACGUCUACUCACUGAUAGUCACCGCCACCGAGGACUCGGGUGGCUUCUCCACAUCCGUUGAGUUAACUAUUCGAGUAACCGAUGUUAACGACAAUGCGCCGAAGUUCGAAUUGCCUGAUUACCAAGCGCACAACGUAGACGAAGACAUACCGCUCGGAACCAGUAUUCUGCGUGUCAAAGCAAUGGACUCUGACUCGGGUGCAAAUGCAGAAAUCGAAUAUCUAGUCUCGGAUGAUCACUUUGCGGUCGAUUCGAAUGGCAUUAUUGUCAAUAAUAAACAACUCGAUGCCGACAACAACAAUGCCUACUAUGAAUUCAUUGUAACAGCAAAAGAUAAAGGUGAACCUUCGAAAUCAGGCACUGCCACUGUACGCGUCUAUACGAAAAAUAAGAACGAUGAAGAACCAAAGUUCUCACAGCAAGUCUAUACACCAAAUGUGGAUGAAAAUGCCGGACCUAAUACACUUGUCACCACUGUGGUGGCAUCCGAUAAGGAUGGUGAUAAUGUACGUUUCGGUUUUGUCGGUGGCGGCACAUCGUCUGGCCAAUUCGUUAUAGAGGACAUAACCGGUGUAAUACGCUUACAUAAUAAGGCCAUAUCAUUGGAUCGUGAUAAGUAUGAAUUGAACGUCACAGCUAUGGAUGAUGGUUCGUGUUGUGUUAAUGGUGAUCACACCAUACACACCUCCACCGCUGUUGUUGUGGUCUUUAUAACCGACGUGAAUGACAAUAAGCCUGUGUUUAAAGAUUGCGGCACCUACUAUCCAAAAGUGGAAGAGGGUGCACCCAAUGGCAGUCCUGUGAUAAAAGUGGUCGCCACCGAUGAGGACAAAGGCGUUAAUGGACAGGUCAAAUAUUCAAUCGUGCAACAGCCGAAUCAAAAAGGCACGAAAUUCACAGUGGACGAAGAAACCGGUGAAGUAUCAACCAACAAAGUGUUCGAUCGCGAAGGUGAUGACGGUAAAUUCGUGUCGGUGACUGUCAAAGCAACUGAUCAGGGAGAGCCCAGCUUGGAGGGCGUUUGCUCGUUUACAGUGGAAAUCACCGAUGUUAACGACAAUCCACCAUUAUUUGAUCGACAGAAAUAUGUGGAAAAUGUGAAACAAGACGCCAGUAUUGGCACUAAUAUUUUACGUGUUUCGGCCUCAGAUGAGGACGCCGAUAACAAUGGCGCCAUCGUAUACAGCUUGAGUGCGCCAUUCAAUCCCAAUGACUUGGAAUACUUCGACAUACAAGCGGAGUCGGGUUGGAUCGUGCUGAAGAAGCCGCUUGACCGUGACCGUUAUCGUUUACGGGUGCGCGCCUCGGAUCGUGGUGAGCCACCAUCCUAUGCCGAUGUCGAUGUUGAAUUAGAUGUAGUCGACCGCAAUAACAAGCCGCCAAUAUGGGACAAGAGCAUAUACGGUCCAAUACAUAUACGUGAAAAUGUCACUGUGGGUACGGUUGUAACAUCGGUGAAGGCAAGUUCGGGUAUUGAAGGCAAUCCGACUGUGUUUUAUCGGCUAAUGCCCGGGUCCACCGCACAGACCAACAAAUUUCAUACGUUCUACCUACAACAAAGACCGGAUAAUGGGGAUACUUGGGCCGAUAUAAAGGUGAAUCAUCCGCUGGAUUAUGAGAGUAUAAAGGAAUAUAAUUUGACGAUACGUGUAGAGAACAAUGGCGCCCAACAAUUGGCAUCCGAGGCGACCGUCUACAUUAUGCUCGAGGAUGUUAACGACGAGAUACCAUUGUUUACGGAGCGUGAACAGGAGACCGUGCUGGAAGGUGAACCCAUUGGCACGAAAGUGACGCAAGUGAAUGCCAUUGACAAGGAUGGCACAUUUCCAAAUAAUCAGGUCUAUUACUACAUUGUCGACUCACCGCGCAACGAAGGCAAAGAAUUCUUCGAAAUAAACCUGCAGAGUGGCGAAAUCUUCACCAAAACCGUGUUCGACAGAGAAAAGAAAGGCGCCUAUGCGCUGGAGGUGGAAGCACGUGAUGGCGCACCCUCGGCACGACCCAACAGCAAUGGACAACCCAAUUCAGUAACAAAAUUUAUACGCAUUGGCAUCGCCGAUAAGAACGACAACCCGCCUUAUUUCGACAAGUCGCUCUACGAGGCAGAGGUGGAUGAGAACGAAGAUAUCCAACACACUGUGCUGACCGUUACAGCCAAAGAUCACGACGAAUCAUCGCGUAUACGUUACGAAAUUACGAGUGGCAACAUUGGUGGCGCUUUCGCUGUGAAAAAUAUGACUGGAGCCAUUUAUGUGGCCGGCGCAUUGGACUACGAAACUCGCCGAAGGUAUGAGCUGCGUUUAGCCGCUUCCGAUAACUUGAAGGAAAACUAUACGACCGUCAUAAUUCACGUUAAGGAUGUCAACGAUAAUCCACCAGUUUUUGAACGUCCCACCUAUCGCACGCAAAUCACCGAAGAAGAUGACCGCAAUUUGCCGAAACGUGUGCUUCAGGUCACCGCCACCGAUGGAGAUAAGGAUCGCCCUCAGAAUAUCGUUUACUUUUUGACAGGUCAAGGCAUCGAUCCGGAUAAUCCUGCCAAUAGCAAAUUCGAUAUAAAUCGCACCACGGGAGAAAUAUUCGUACUUAAGCCACUUGAUCGUGAUCAACCGAACGGUCGUCCGCAAUGGCGCUUCACAGUUUUUGCGCAAGACGAAGGCGGUGAGGGUCUCGUCGGUUAUGCUGACGUGCAAGUGAACUUGAAAGAUAUCAACGAUAAUGCACCGAUCUUCCCACAAGGCGUCUACUUUGGCAAUGUGACAGAGAACGGUACUGCCGGUAUGGUGGUAAUGACAAUGACUGCGGUCGACUACGAUGAUCCAAAUGAGGGAUCUAAUGCCAAGCUUGUGUACUCCAUUGAGAAGAAUGUGAUUGAGGAGGAAACGGGUUCGCCGAUUUUCGAAAUAGAACCUGAUACCGGUGUUAUAAAGACAGCAGUCUGUUGUUUGGAUCGUGAGCGCACACCGGAUUAUUCAAUACAAGUUGUUGCAAUGGAUGGCGGGGGGUUAAAGGGCACGGGGACGGCUUCCAUACGUGUGAAAGAUAUCAACGAUAUGCCGCCGCAAUUUACCAAAGACGAAUGGUUUACGGAGGUGGACGAAACGGAUGGCACCACAUUGCCCGAAAUGCCUAUACUAACAGUGACGGUGCACGAUGAGGAUGAAACGAAUAAGUUUCAGUACAAAGUGAUCGAUAACAGUGGUUAUGGCGCUGAUAAGUUCACUAUGGUGCGCAACAAUGAUGGUACGGGCUCACUGAAAAUUGUACAACCACUGGAUUAUGAAGAUCAAUUGCAAAGUAAUGGAUUCCGCUUUCGCAUACAAGUUAACGACAAGGGUGAGGACAACGACAACGAUAAAUACCAUGUUGCCUACUCGUGGGUUGUGGUCAAGCUGCGUGAUAUUAACGAUAAUAAGCCGCACUUUGAACGCGCUAAUGUGGAGGUGUCUGUUUUUGAAGACACAAAGGUUGGCACGGAAUUGGAGAAGUUCAAGGCGACCGAUCCCGAUCAAGGCGGCAAGAGCAAAGUUUCCUACUCAAUCGAUCGUUCGUCAGAUCGGCAGCGACAAUUCGCUAUCAAUCAAAAUGGCUCGGUGACCAUACAACGUUCAUUGGAUCGCGAAGUUGUACCACGACAUCAAGUAAAAAUAUUGGCGAUUGACGAUGGUUCACCACCAAAAACCGCAACCGCCACACUGACCGUAAUUGUGCAGGAUAUUAAUGAUAAUGCACCGAAAUUCUUAAAGGAUUAUCGGCCGGUGUUGCCAGAGCAUGUGCCGCCGAGGAAGGUGGUUGAAAUAUUGGCUACAGACGAUGAUGACCGUUCAAAGAGCAAUGGUCCUCCAUUCCAAUUUAGACUGGAUCCCAGCGCUGAUGACAUAAUACGCGCGUCUUUCAAAGUGGAGCAAGAUCAGAAGGGCGCCAAUGGCGAUGGCAUGGCUGUAAUCUCCUCGCUGCGUUCCUUCGAUCGCGAGCAACAGAAAGAGUACAUGAUUCCGAUUGUGAUCAAGGAUCACGGUUCACCCGCAAUGACCGGCACUAGUACACUGACUGUUAUCAUUGGUGACGUAAAUGACAAUAAAAUGCAACCCGGAUCCAAGGAUAUCUUUGUUUAUAAUUAUCAAGGACAGUCACCGGAUACACAAAUCGGACGCGUAUAUGUAUACGAUCUGGAUGAUUGGGAUUUGCCAGACAAGAAAUUCUAUUGGGAUCCGCAAGAACAUCCACGAUUCAAAUUGGACGAGGACUCAGGCAUGGUUACGAUGCGUGCCGGUACACGUGAGGGACGCUAUCAUUUGCGCUUUAAGGUGUACGAUCGCAAACAUACGCAAACCGAUGUGCCCGCCAAUAUUACAGUGACAGUUCGCGAGAUCUCUCACGAAGCGGUAAUCAAUUCAGGUUCUAUACGCGUCUCCGGCAUAACAGACGAGGAUUUCAUAAGAGUCUGGAAUUAUCGUACACAGAGUUUGAGUCGCUCGAAAUUGGAUCGUUUCCGGGACAAAUUGGCAGAUCUGCUGAAUGCGGAUCGCGAGAACGUAGAUAUAUUCAGUGUACAACUGAAGCGUCGGCAUCCGCCACUAACCGAUAUACGUUUCUCUGCGCAUGGUUCCCCCUACUACAAACCAGUACGUCUCAAUGGUAUUGUGCUCAUGAAUCGAGAGGAGAUUGAAAAAGAUGUGGGAUUCAACAUCACCAUGGUGGGCAUUGACGAGUGUUUGUAUGAGAAUCAGAUGUGCGAGGGCUCCUGCACAAAUACAUUGGAUAUCAGCUCUUUGCCAUAUAUGGUGAAUGCGAAUAAAACCGCCUUGGUGGGUGUGCGCGUAGAUACGCUUGCCGAGUGCACUUGCGGCGCUCGAAACUUUUCGAAACCUGAGUCGUGUCGUAACACACCCUGCUACAAUGGCGGACGUUGUGUAGAUACACGCUUUGGUCCGCACUGUUCCUGCCCGGCAGGCUAUAAUGGACCACGCUGCCAGCAAACAACACGCAGCUUCCGAGGCAAUGGCUGGGCUUGGUACCCACCACUAGAAAUGUGUGAUGAAUCACAUUUGAGUUUAGAGUUCAUAACUAGAAAACCGGAUGGUCUUUUUAUCUACAAUGGACCGAUCGUUCCACCAGAACGCGAAGAAAUGAUUAUUACUGAUUACAUAGCGCUCGAAUUGGAGCGUGGUUAUCCACGUUUACUUAUGGAUUUCGGUUCCGGUACGUUAGAACUGCGCGUGAAGACAAAGAAGUCGCUUGAUGACGGUGAAUGGCAUCGUAUCGAUAUAUUUUGGGAUACAGAGAGCGUACGCAUGGUUAUAGACUUCUGUAAAUCUGCCAACAUUAGUGAAAUGGAAGAUGGCUCACCACCCGAAUUUGAUGACAUGUCCUGUCAGGCGCGUGGACAAAUACCUCCCUUCAAUGAAUACCUGAAUGUUAAUGGACCACUACAAGUGGGCGGCAUCUACCGCGACCUCUUCGAUCCGUCACUCUAUUUCUGGCAUUAUGCGCCCAACGCCAAGGCUUUCGAUGGCUGCAUACGUAAUUUGAUAUUUAAUUCUAAGCUCUAUGACCUGGCGCAUCCCGGACUAUCACGCAAUAGUGUAACUGGUUGCCAACAAACUGAAGAAGUUUGCUCGCAAUCGGAGCAAACAGCACGCUGCUGGGAACACGGCAACUGUGUUGGCUCACUUUCCGAAGCACGUUGCCAGUGCCGCCCCGGCUGGACGGGACCUGCUUGCAAUAUACCCACUAUACCGACCACCUUCAAGCAACAGAGCUACGUUAAGUAUGCGCUUAGCUUUGAGCCAGAUCGAUUUAGUACACAAAUACAAUUACGUUUCCGUACACGUGAGCAACACGGCGAACUGUUUCGUGUUUCGGACCAACAUAACCGCGAAUAUGGAAUUUUAGAAAUUAAGGAUGCGCGUCUACACUUCCGCUACAAUCUCAAUUCACUGCGUACGGAGGAGAAAGAUUUAUGUUUAAACGCAGUUGCGGUCGACGAUGGUCAAUGGCAUGUGGUGCGCAUUAAUCGUUAUGGUUCGGCAGCUACCCUGGAGCUGGAUGGUGGCGAAGGCCGCCGCUACAAUGAGACAUUCGAAUUUGUGGGUCAUCAAUGGCUACUGGUCGACAAGCAGGAGGGUGUAUAUGCAGGCGGCAAAGCCGAAUAUACGGGCGUGCGUACGUUUGAGGUGUAUGCGGAUUACCAAAAGAGUUGCCUAGACGACAUCAGACUUGAGGGCAAACAUUUGCCGUUGCCACCCGCGAUGAAUGGCACGCAAUGGGGUCAAGCGACUAUGGCGCGUAAUCUGGAAAAGAACUGUCCCUCCAAUAAACCUUGUUCAAACGUCAUAUGCCCGGAGCCGUUCGAAUGUGUGGAUCUGUGGAAUGAAUAUGAGUGCACUUGCGGUGAAGGACGCGUCAUGUCGCCAGACGCCAAAGGCUGCAUGGAUCGCAACGAAUGCCUGGACUUGCCAUGUCUAAACGGUGCCACUUGCAUCAAUUUGGACCCACGUCUGCGCUACCGUUGCAUCUGUCCGGAUGGCUUUUGGGGCGAGAAUUGCGAAUUGGUGCAAGAGGGACAGACGCUGAAGUUGAGCAUGGGCGCACUGGCGGCCAUAUUGGUUUGCCUGCUGGUCAUACUGAUUCUCGUGCUUGUGUUCGUUGUUUAUAAUCGGCGUCGUGAGGCGCAUAUUAAAUACCCUGGCCCGGAUGAUGACGUGCGAGAGAAUAUUAUCAACUAUGAUGACGAGGGCGGCGGCGAGGACGACAUGACUGCAUUCGAUAUUACACCGCUGCAAAUACCAAUCGGCGGGCCAAUGCCACCCGAGCUGGCGGCCAUGAAAAUGCCAAUAAUGUAUCCGGUGAUGACGCUAAUGCCCGGCCAGGAGCCAAACGUGGGCAUGUUCAUUGAGGAGCACAAAAAGCGUGCCGAUGGUGACCCAAAUGCACCGCCCUUCGAUGACUUACGCAACUAUGCUUAUGAAGGUGGCGGCAGCACAGCCGGUUCGCUGAGUUCGCUGGCCUCUGGCACUGAUGAUGAGGCGCACGAGUAUGAUUACUUGGGCUCGUGGGGGCCGCGCUUCGGCAAACUGGCCAACAUGUACGGCGACGAAGUGAACGCUGCAGCUGCACACCCCGAAUUAGGAUUGUAAAAACACAAAGGACACAAAACGGAAAAAAGCUCCAUAAGUACGGCAGAAGCAGCGAAGUACACUUAAGAAUAAGGAAAACCAAACAGAGAUAAUGAUAAAGAUGAAAGUGAAAAUGAAAAUGAAGAUGAAUAUAAGAACCAAGAAGUAAAAAAUAAAGAGCAAAGAUUUAAAUGGAAACUAAAUUAAAUUAAAUAUAAAAUAGUGUAGUGCAACCAAAGAUAGAAGUGAAAAUGAAAAUCUGAUGUAGAGGAGAUUGAAAGGAGCUCGCGAACACGAAAACCAGCAAACUAUGGAAAAUUAAAUUAACGGCGACAAAAAUGGCAUUUGUAAAAAAAUACUCAUCCCCAUACUAAUUUUAUAUAAGACUACUACUGUACGCUAAAUUUAGGCAGAGAGCAAGUUAAGAAAGGUAAACUAAAGACAAAAAUAUUUUCAGCCUAGCAAGGUUCUUUCAUAAGGGGCAAGCGGGCCGAGUCGCAAUACUAAGCUGUUAAACUUGCGGGCACGAAUAUAAAUGUUAAUGAAACCAAAGUAUUUAAAUGUAAGGAGAUAAAACAAAAAAACAAACACAUACAUACAAAACACAUACGGAAACUGUAGACGAAAAAAAAACAAAAACACAUGAACAUAAAAUACUCAUCAUAGUUUUAUAAGUACUGUACAUUUCCUUUUUGAUAUUAUUUAUUACUAUUAUAAUACAACUAUUUAAGGCGUAUACUUAAAAAAAUAGAUUUAGUUAAAAGUUACACAGUGUACGUGGGUGCAGAGCAAGCAAUUAUGCAACACCGGUGAGGCAAGUAUGGUUGCAGAUUGCACCUCAACGCUUCAAAAGUAGAAGCUGAAGGGGAUGUGAGAUAUAUAACAAAUUGCUAUAGUCAAAGAGGUGAUAUUGCACGCAUACAUAUUUAGUAGUUAUAGCAUUUUUAACAAGAAACCACAACUAAAGGAUCAAUUCAACGCAACGACAAGCAGUUAUAGGCCAGAAUUGAGUUAAAUUUUGCAUUGUGUGUUAAAACAUAUAUACAAGUUAUUGUAUGUAUACAUAUAUUAUAAAGUGACUGUUGAGCAACCAUUGAUGAAAAAAUAGUAUCUUGUUGAAAUAUCUCGAUUUUAGGGAAAUUAAAUAUUUCUAGAGUUCAAAACUAUGUUUUGAGCACAACUAUCGGCACACUAGUAAAGAAAAAAUACAAAUUGAUUUUUGUAUAAAUUUUAUUAUGUUCGCUGGCGGUGAAGUUGCAGCUUUCUAAUUUCUAAUGAAGUCAAUUCUUGAGUUGUCAGUCCUUAUUAUAUUUCAUUCUGCGUUUUCGAAAAAGAAUACUGCCAGCCAUAAGUUUCUCAGGCGCACUUGAUAUUAGGUUGGAUUAAAAAUUUUCGACUAUUUCAAUUAUGGCAAAUUUUCCUUUAUAGUUAGCGAUAAUUCAUAUUCGUUUAUUUUAUGCGCCUACACUUUUCUUUGCUGGCAAACCUUCGAGUAUAGCGUAUCGAACAAGCAACUGGUAUAAAUCAUAUAAAGUGGCAUAAUUCAAUAUGCUUAAGAAUUGUUUUUAGUAUUACGAUUUUCGACAUUUUUAAACCAGGAAUAGCGAAUCGAACAAGCAAAUGGCAUAAAACAUGUAGUGGCAUAAUCGAACAUACUUGAGACUUGUGAGUAGUAGUGCAAUUUUUAGGAAAGACAUACCGAUUCGAACAAGCAACUGGCAUAAAACAUGUGUGCUGUUGCGGAUCUCACUACCCAAUUGAGUGGUUUCACUGCUUCGUCAAGAGACCGUAACAUAGUGUAUCACAAAGUGGUAUAACUCAAAUAUACUGGCAUAAUUUCAUAGGUGUAAUACCACUUAAAGGAUACGCAAAAUUUCUUAGCUCCAAUUCUUCUCACUAGUAAAAUUUUUAAAGAGAGCAGCAGUCAAAAAUAAUACGGGCAAAUUGAAGGCGGCAAUAUUUUCCUAAUUACUACUUUGUGAGAGACUUUCUUGUAGGUCGUGCUUAUUACAACUAGUUAUUAUUUAUGCUUUCAACUCUUCAUACACAGCACUUUCAGGUCAAAAGACACAAAAUGUACCCACAAACACACACUCAAAGACACCCUUAUAUAUACAUGUUGUAUAUGUAACUAACUGUAUGUUUACAAGAAAUUAAGAAAAUCAACAAAAAAGGCAAAUUAGGCGAAAUGAGUUAAUGUUGAGCGUAAGUGAAAAUGUGUGUAUGCAUUAAAAUUAAUUAAUUAUUACUUUACUUUUUAUGUAGACGUAAUUAUAUCAAUUAGAGCGUAUAAUUAAACAUAUAAUAAUAAACAAAAAAAAAACAAAAUGAAUGAAAAUUUAAAUUUAAAGUAAAAUGAAUACCCAAAGACUGUUUUCGUUCCAUCAAAUAUGUGAAAGUGAACAACACGCAUACAUGCAUACUUAACUUUAAUUAAUUAUAAAAACUGGGCUGAAAAGUUGUACUAUUUGAAUAAGUAAAAAUACAAAAACAAAAAUAAAUAAAUGAAAAAAAUUAUACAUUUGUGGAAAUUACAAAAAUUGAAAACUUCUUCUUUUUUACACGGCAAAAACAAAAAUCGUAGAAAAUGUAGAAACAAAGUUUGGAUAACUAAGCUUGUGUGCUGAGAGGCUGGCGGCUUUGGUAAUCGGCGGUCUUAACCGACUCAUAUGGUGUUUCUAUUCAUUUCAACUUUUAUCACGGGUUUUGAACCUUUGCUGCGCCUCUCAAACACAACUGCACCAUCUAUGGGAAAAAUGUUGCAUCAUAAUAGAAAUAUGAGCGGUGAAUUAUAAUAGCAAAACAAGAAGCAAACAAAAAAAAACUAAAAGUCUCCUUCAUACUAACAAAUCACUAACACAAACUUAAUUAAGCAAAUUCGCAUAGCAGAGGAACAUUUAAUUAGACAAACUUGUAUUACGAAAAUGAUUAAAAGCAAAAGUGUAAAACCAACUAAUUAACGCAAAACAAUGAAAAUGUAAACGUAAAACUUACCUUUAGGUGAACUUAGCGCAAUUGAAGUAAUGAAUAAUUGAAUAAUAUGAAGCAAAAAUGAUGAUUAUGAUGAAAACGUAAAAGCAUAUUUAUAUAUAAACAAACGAAUGCAAUUAAUAAGGAGGUGCAUAUGUAUGUGUUGAAAUUGAUUUCACAAAACUGGCAGACACUGUAAAUAGUUUUAGCAUGUAAUGGACGCAAGAGCCGCAGGCAGCCAAGACCGGCGCUGUCUGCUUGUGUUCGGCACUAGUGUAUUAUGACGUAAUUGAAAUAGUGUUUGAAUAUAAUUACAAACAAGUACAUAUGUAAGCAGCAAAAUAUGAAAAACUAAUGGUUUUAAAUAGGUCACACGUAAACCAAAAGCAAAAAAUAAUAAAAAGUAAAUAAAAUAAGCAGAAUAUAGUAAAAAAAAACAGUAUUUAUAUGUUUAAAAGUAAAAGUAAAAGUAAAUUAAAUAGAUUUUAGUAAAAAUGGGGAGACAAAAUCUAGAAAUUAAAGUACAUUUAAUUAAAAAGAAAACAACACAAUAUCUUACUAAACGGGCCCAACUGCAUGGCGGAAUAGUGUUCAAAUGGCAUGCCAUGUAUAAGGAGAAACGUUUAUAAUGAUAAUGAGAUUAUGCGUGAAUUCAAAAAAUAGCACGAUAAACACAUUUAACAAUAACACCAUGCUAAUAAGAAGGUAAAUUAAUACAAACACACACAUAACAAUAGAAAAAAGUAGUAACAAAUGAUAACAACAAAAAGAAAUUAGUAUAAAGAAUUUAUUAAAAUACAGUUGAGCUCGUGCUUAAACGUGAAAGCACUUUCAGUUGAAAAGUACACACUCGGAGAAAAAGCAACAAAAGCCUGUAAAACUAAAAAAUUAAUUAUCAGUUAAAAACCCUAAUUAUUAAAAGGCUAUAAAUGCGGAGAAUUGAAAGGAAUACGAAAAAGCUGAGUUGAUAUGUUUCAACUGAAAACCUACCAUGAAUUCAGUUUAAUAUGUAUUUUUCAUAAAUUUAUAUAUUUUUUUUUAACUGGAAAUUAUUUUUCUUAAUUUUUAUGGCUUACGGCAACAAAGAAAUAUAUUUAAAAAAAUAUUAGUUUAUUUGUAUUAAAUUUUAGUUUAAUAAUUUUUUUAUAGUAUUAUUUUGUUUUUCAGAAAAGUAUUUUAAAAAAUAGUAGUUUAUUUUUAUUAAAUUUUUUUUAAUAAUUCUUUUUACAGUUUUAUUUUGUGUUUCAGAAAAGUAUUUUAAAAAAAUAUUAGUUUAUUUGUACAAAAUUUUAGUUAAAAUUUUUUGUUUUUUUUAUUUUGUGUUUCAAAAAAAAUUUUUUGUUUUUUAAUAUUUUUUAUUACAUUAUAUUUUUUUUUUCUAAAACUUUAUUUCAAUAUCUUUUUUUACAGUUUUACUUUGUGUUUCAGAAAAAUAUUAAAUAAAAAAUAUUUGUUUAAUUUUCAGUUUAUUCUUGUUUUUUUGGACCAGUGCAGAGCCCUUUAAAAAUGGUAAAAUGUGAAAGAAAUUCAAAGAAGGCUGAAAAUCAUUGGAAACGUAAGAUUAAAUAACAAAUAAUAAAGUAAAAAUAAUUAACGAGCAAACUGAGAUAGGGAAUAGGAAAAAUAAGGGCGUGAUGAAACUUUUAAGCGUUAAAAAUGGCUUAUCUCAAUUAACGGCAAAACUACGAGUUCCAUUGGCUUUCAAACUACUUUGAAUUUGUUUCUUUCAAAAAUUUUCGUUCAUCAAUUUUUUUUUCUUUUUUUCAAAAAUUAUAUGCACUGGUGCAUAUACUUAUCUGCCUACCUUCAUCUUAUAAUUCUCGUUGCAAUUUAAUUUCGCUAUUUAUUUUAUUAAAUAUUAAAUAUGUUUUUUUUUCUAUUUAUAAUAACACACUUUUCAUUGAAAACUUUAAUUUUUAUCAAAUUACAACUUUUUUCGUACAAAGUUACUUACUAUAAUUUUUGUUGAUAAUCACCAAAUCGUUUGUAAAUUACCAUUAAAACCAUUUUGUAUAGUGUCUAAUUUUCAUAAUUUAAUAAUAAGAUAUACAUAUAGAAAAUUAGCUUCAGCUAAACCACACCCAGUGCAAUUUACCAUUUAUAUACAUACAUACAUACAUACAUACAUACAUAUAUUGAAUACAAAUAUUUAUACACAAAACAUUUUACAUGCAUAUACUUUAACGUAGAUAAGUUAUAGGACAUUCAUACAUACAAACAAACACAUACAUAUACUCCAUAUACCUACAUAUUAUCAAAAAAAAAAUCUAAGAAAAUAUUUAACCCUAACUGCGUUUGCACACAUACAAGUAUAAAAACCAGAACUUAAACCAAAACAGUUUUAUUUAAUAAGCAAGUGUUUUGUUGUUAUUUUAGCAUAACUGACAUAAUAUAUAUAUAAUAAAUCAUACAAAUAAUUUAACAACCUUUUUUAUCGAGAACAUUCCCAGUCAAGCGGACAUAUGUAUGUAUGUGCAAAUGUGUCGUAUGUACAUACAUAUGCAUUAGAAUGUUUUUACAUAAGAAUACAACACGUACAAUGUAUCGUGAAAAUAGCAAUAACCAAUGUAAUUAAGUCAGCCAAGUUGUUAAACAUGAGUCAACGUAGAGUUGUGGAAGCCGUAUUUGUUACCUACAAUCUAACACACUCACACAAGAGAUCUUAUUAUUAUGUUUGAACUCGAUUAUUCACACAAUUCAUGCUGUACGACUUUUGAAAAUAAAAUUGAAUAUUAUCGGAAAUCAUA